AUGGACCGCCGCACCCAGCGCGCGCUUCUGAUCGUGCUAUUCUUCGGCGUCACGGUCGUAUUGUACAGGACAUUGGGCUUGCGGGACAGCAUUGUACAGCGGGGAGGAGGUUCGCGAAGCGGAGGCUCUGCGCCGGACGAGCAGACUUCAUUACGGGUGGAUCCCAAGAAGCUCGAUCUGGCGAAUGCGACACUCGGGUUCGGCGCAGUGUUGGCGGUGUCGCGCGAGGGAUCUCCACGACGAGAAGGAUUGCUGCUGGCCUCCAACAUUACCGAAAUCGACAUUACCAUCCCCGACCAACCGAAGUGGACAGAGGAAGAUGUAAACAGAAUAAGAGCAGACAGGGACAGUCGGAUAUCAAGAGGCAGCGCGCUGGCAUGGCUGGGACAUCUCAAUGCGCUACAAUGGUUCCUCUCCAGCGACCUCGAGUCGGUCAUGAUACUCGAAGACGACGUAGACUGGGACAUACACCUCCGGACGACUCAAAUACCCACCGCGGCAGCCGCCGUCCGCCAACUCGUCCUUGACAAGACCACUCCAGCCGGCACCCUCCAACACUACCCUGAGGAGAACAACUUCUGGGGCAACAUUUCCACCUGGGACAUCCUCUACCUCGGCCACUGCGGCGACAUCUUCCGCCCUUCUUCAUGGACCGCCCAAGUUCCACGUGUCCUCUACAACGACCCCACCCUACCUCCUCGGCGCGAGAUGCACCCCUACACCCAAGCCUUCCUGCAGUCCAUCGCCAUUCCAGACGACACCCGCAUGAUCCACCAAUCCAUCUUCCCCCUCUGCACCUUCGGCUUCGCAGUCACUCGCAACGCCGCUCGCCGUCUUCUGACCGAGAUCGCGCCCAAGGAAUCCGAAGGCGGGACCAUGGCCUACGACGUGCGCGUGCUGGAAGGCUGUCGCGAUCUAGGCCUGCGCUGCUGGAGCGCCAACCCGGAGCUCUUCCACCACAUGGACAUGGAGUCCGAGAUCGCACUCGCCACGCAUCCGGAAGAAGGACGAACAGGCGGCGGAGGCGAGAGCGCUGAAAAAGCGGGUGCAGAUGAGAAGGGCAGAUUAAAGACGCUUCGCGCGGGUGCGGCGCCGAAUAUCGCGUGCGGAGCGAGGAGUAAGAGUUUCUACACGAAAGAUGAGCGGACACUGGAGUUCUUACGGGAGCAGGUGGGACGGCAGGGGAAGUGCUUGAAAGACAUUGAAGAGUCUGGAGCGAAAGGCGCGGACGGGGAAAGGUACGAUGGGCCUGGGGAUCCAAGGUUGUACAGAUGA